AUGGCGCCUCGACUCAACCUUUUCACAGCCAAUAAGGCCGUCUCGGCCCUGCGCCAAUCCACCACUCCCGCACUGUCUUCACCCCGGAGCAUCGCCAGCCCCGUCCGAUUCCGCGCCGUCCAGUCACUACCCAUUCAGCGCCGAUGGAACUCCUCCGAUGGCCCCAAGAAGGUCGAGCCCCAGCCCGACGAGCAGACUUUCCCGACUGUCGAUCAGCUGCCCGAUGUCACCGAGGAGGCCAACGAGAUCUCCCGAAUUAUGGAUAAGGAAAAGCGCUGUGAUGGUAUUCCUUCUACUCCAGAGUUGGAUCAGGGAACGCCUGUUGAGGAGAUCCUCAGCCGCGAUAAGGACGCUAUGAAGCACAUGCCGAAGGUUAUGCGGGAUGCAUUGAAGAAGUCUGGUGGCUCGCGCUCGUUCUCGACUUCCGCCCGGAGCCUUAUGAACGAUUUGCAGGGCUCUGAGCCUAACAAUGAGUCUAACCUUAUUCCUAGUAUGUCUGGACUCGAGGGCGCUAGUGACGAGGCGACCGCUGCUCUUGCUAGCAUGAUUGAGCAGGUGCAGGGUCAGGCUCUCGAGGAGAACCCUGGACUUAAGUUCGAUCCGCCUGUCGUUCCCGAGGACCUUAAGACCUUGAACUUCCGCAAGCGCUACGAUACCAUGCAGGAUCAGUUCACCAAGAUGAUGAUGGAGAGUGGGAAAUUGACCAAGGCGCAGAAGAACAUGUCUCUCGUUCUGGAUCACCUCCGCACCUCCUCUCCUCCCCAGGUUAACCCCCGUCGUCGUCUCCUCGGCGCUCCCCCUGCAUCCCAGCUCCCCCUCGACCCCGUCCUCUACCUCACUCUCGUCGUCGACUCCGUGGCGCCUCUCUUCCGAAUCCGUCAGCAGAAGGGUAUCGCUGGUGGUGGUACUGCCGUGCAGAUUCCCCACCCGCUAACUCUGCGCCAGCGUCGCCGUACCGCGAUCAAGUGGAUUAUUGAUGCGUCGGAAAAGCGACGCGAUGCGCUGUUUGCGAACCGCGUUGCGGCUGAGGUCGUGGCUGUUGCCGAGGGUCGUAGCGGUGUCUGGGAGAAGAGGGACCAGCAGCACAAGAUUGGUAUCUCUGGUCGUGCGAACUUGAAUACUAACGUCCCCUCACAGCCGACUACCCUCCGGCCUCCUCCAUUGACGGUGGCUCCUACGUUGCGCCACGAUUCCAUUGAACUUGUCGACUACAACCCUACCAUCCACACAGCAACCACCAGCGCAUCUGGCCGCGCCCACUCAGACGAAUAUCAAGAUAGCGACAGGCGGUCUGACCCUGCCGCCAAUUCGCCGCUGGGCUUUGAUACCAGUUUUAGAGAGUCGCAGGAGGGAUUAGAGCUCGACGAGCUUCGUCCCGAGGGCUCCCCUCUUAGGUUCUGGGCUGAGGCUCUCCGACGUCGCGCUCAUAACGCAUCGCACGGGAUCGUCGAUCCGGAUUCCGAAAAGAUGAAGUUCUCGCAUAGUGUGCAGUUUAACGCUGUGCCCGAUUGGAGCUCGAAUUACAUCGCCUAUAGCAAUUUGAAGAAAUUGAUCUACACCCUUGAGAAACAGGUCAAUCGCAUUGAUGGACCGUCCACCACAGAUGUAGAGGCCGCUCCGCUGCUGGGUGGGAUUGAACCGAGUAACCCGGAUGCAAUCUUUAAACGGGCUCUUGACGUUGAGAUGGAUAAGAUUUGUUCCUUCUACAAGAAGAAGGAGGCGGAGAUUUUUGAACUCGCGGAUGAGCUCAUCAGAGACGCCGAUGUAUAUCUUUCCGAGACAGACGGUGUCAAUAUGGACCCCGUCAGUGAGACAAUCAUCAAGGCAAGCUCCCGUCGCGGAAACGGGAAUACCGCGAUCCCGCACCGCCGGCCCAGUGCUAUGAGCAAUGACUCGAUGGCGGACGAUGAAGGAGAAGGCGGCGAUAGCGACGACGACCGAUCCCCGACAGUCCUCCCGCAGCGCCGGAGAUUGCUGCAGUCGACCGAUGGCGAGUCUAACACGGACGAUCAGCACGGUGAUAUGGCAGACUCCUACUUUGGAGCGCCGACCACCCGAGAACCGCAUGAGUCGCACUUCAACGACGAGGACUUCCUCGCUCUUUACAACACCGGUAUAUCGUUGAAGAAGCGCCUGAUCGAAUGCUACGUCUCACUCUGCGAACUUCGCUCCUUCAUCGAGCUGAACAAGACUGGUUUCGCCAAGGCCCUGAAGAAGUAUGACAAAACCUUGGACCGCAGCUUGCGCCGAGACUACCUAGCCACUGUUGUCCAUACCGCGGUCCCUUUCACCGAAAGCACCAUGGCUGCCAUCGAUCAGCAUAUCGAAAACGUGGAGGGUGUGUACGCGGGCAUCGUCACGAAGAACAACAGGCAGUUUGCUAGACGCGAGCUGCGUCUGCAUCUGCGUGAGCAUGUUGUCUGGGAGCGGAACACUGUCUGGCGUGAGAUGAUCGAAAUCGAACGUCGUGCGCAGGCUGCCAAUGUUGGUAUUCGUCGGACCCUACUGGGCGGUGAUGAGGACCCGGCCACUGCACGGCGCCAGGGUGACAAGAACGAGAUCCGCACUCAGGAGGUAUCGACGCCGCUGGGUCGUUUCCAGUUCCCGUCGUGGCUCUGCAGCUUGAGCUUUGGCACGCUGAUAUUUAGUGUAGCCAUCUUCAUCACAAUGCUUUCUGUGAAGAUAAUGGACACUCCCGAGGAGCAAAACUGCUUGGCUAUGUUGGUCCUCGUUAGUAUUUUGUGGGCCACUGAGGCUAUUCCGCUGUUCGUCACUUCGCUUCUUAUCCCCUUCCUGGUCGUGACUCUAGGCAUCAUGCGGUCAGACGAUGAGGCUCAGACGCGACUGGGACCCAAGGAAUCAGUCGGCAAGGUGUUCGCAGCGAUGUGGACUCCUGUGAUUAUGCUGCUCCUGGGUGGCUUCUCGAUCGCAGCGGCGCUGUCCAAGUACGAUAUCGCACGGCGCAUGGCCAUGUUCGUGCUCAGCAAAGCUGGAUCCAAGCCAUCUGUGGUUCUCUUGACCAACAUGUUUGUGAGCAUGUUCCUGAGCAUGUGGAUCAGUAACGUUGCUUCUCCCGUGCUCUGCUACUCGAUCAUCCAGCCUUUGCUGCGCAACAUGCCUCCCGAGUCCGACUUUGCCAAGGCACUCGUUCUGGGUAUCGCAUUAGCCGCCAAUGUCGGCGGUGCCGCAUCCCCGAUUGCCUCGCCCCAGAACAUCAUUGCCCUGCAGAACAUGGACCCCGUCAUCGGCUGGGGCACAUGGUUCUUCAUCGCACUGCCUGUCUGCAUCAUCUCCAUUCUCCUCAUCUGGGUUCUGCUGCUGGUGACAUUCCGUCCGGGCCGCAACACAACCGUCAUGGCCUUCCGCCCCGUCAAGGACCGCUGGACCGGAAUGCAGUCCUUCAUUACCAUCGUCACAAUCCUGACAAUCAUCCUCUGGUGCACCAGCCACCAACUCGAACACAUCUUCGGCGACAUGGGCGUCAUCGCUAUCAUCCCUCUCGUCCUCUUCUUCGGCACCGGCAUCCUCAACAAAGAGGACUUCAACAACUUCCUCUGGACAAUCAUCAUCCUCGCAGCCGGUGGUCUGUGUCUAGGCAAGGCCGUCACCUCAUCCGGCUUGCUACACACAAUUGCCAUGGGAAUCACCGCCCGCGUCGAGAACCUCAGUCUGUACAGCGUCCUAAUAGUCUUCUGCUCUCUCAUCCUUGUCAUGGCCACCUUCAUCUCGCACACCGUCGCCGCCCUCAUCAUCCUGCCGCUUGUCCGCCAGAUCGGGGUUAGCAUGGAGGACCCUCACCCCAACUUGUUGGUUAUGGCAAGUGCGUUGAUGUGCUCCGUUGCGAUGGCUUUGCCCACCAGUGGAUUCCCUAAUAUGACUGCUAUCAUGACCGAAGUACCCACCACAGGCCAGCGAUACCUCCAAGUCCGCCAUUUCCUUACUCGCGGCAUCCCGGCCAGUCUUAUGGCCUUUGUGGUGAUUAUCACGCUUGGAUAUGGACUGAUGUAUGUUGCGGGAUUGUAG